AUGUUUAGCAAUUUUCGUGUUGGAUUUUGGAGACAAACUAUGAUCCAUACUUCCAAAAAUAAUAAGAUUAAUAUAAGAUGCACUUUAAGUAGGUUAGCUUAAUUAAAUUUUAAUUAAGUUAGAUUCCAUUUUAGUGCUUAGCCUUAAACAUUAGAAAAGAUUAAUAACUAUGAAAGCAUCUUUACAGCUAUAAAUUCCUCUGAAAGCAUUAAUGAUGUCUUGAAGAUUUACAGAGAAAAUGAGGAUAUUUAUAAAUCUGAACAUUUAUCUUCUACUGCUCGCUCUUUCGCAAGGAUAUUUAAAUAGAAUAUGUCAAAAACCGAUUUUGAGGCUCUCAAAGAUCCUCUAUAUUAAUAGUUAACUGGAAAAAUAGCAAACAAUUUAUAGAGUUUUAAUGAAGUUGAGCUACUUGAUUUAAUAUUUUGGAUGAGAAAAUCCAAACACUUAAAGUUUCCAUUAUACAAUAUGGAAACUAAGAUAGCUGAUUGUAUAGAUAGAGUAGUAGAGUAUGUUAAAAAGGAUUCGUAUAACAUAAAAUAAUUAGCAACUGUUCACUUUGAUGUUUCUCAUAUUGGUAGAAAUUGUGAAGAAAUUUGCUAGCAGUUAAUUUAAGAAAUAAAAAAAGAUUCUUCUAAAUUGACUCCUUUCAUAGUCAUGAAUCUUAUGUAAAGUAUAUCAUUGAAACAAGGAUUUAAUUCUGGAAGAGAACUUAUUUUAAUUGAUUUGCUUACUAAGUUCUUGCCAAACAUUUACGAAUAACUUGACCUUCAAUAGAAAAGUCUGAUAUUUAAAUGCAUAGCUUAUAUCGAGCCUUAAAUUACCCCUCCUAAAUACAAGAUUCCUCAAGUGUUAUAUGAUUUAAGAGUUGACUUAAAAGAAAAGUUGGAUUCUUUAAAUGAAUCAAAUGUUUUAAAUAUUUUGCAAGGAUAUUAGUAUCUGAUUUAUUCUUCCUUCCCUUAGGAUUUGUUAGAAGAAAUCAAGGAUAUGAUUAUAGUAACUGUAAAGCACCAUCCAAAUAAUAUGAAAUCAGUUUAUUUAUUAGAUUAUAUAGAGCUUAUAACUUAAUUCAAUAAAAAAAAGAAAACCGAUGUAGCUAAAAUGAAUAUUUUAAUAAAGGAAUUGACAAAAAGAAUUUCUGAAAAAGAUGAACAAUUAUUGAAUUAUAGGAUUGAUAAAAUUAUUAAUUAUUGUGAUAAAUACAUAAGAGCCAAUAGUUCUAUUAUUGUAGAGCUUUGCAAAUAGUAUGAAAGCUAAAUUAAAAACCAUUUUAAUAUAUCAUUAAUUGAAUUAGCUUCAAAGAAAGUUCCUUUAGAGAGUUUCGAUAGCCUUUUAGAGUCCUUCUUUGGCAAUAAAAAUUCUUAAGAAAAAUUAGAAAUAGUUAGUAAGCUUUCAAAGCCUAUUUAAAUACGUCUUUGCCUUUCUCUUUAUCAUCACAGAGAUCGUCAUUUUGACCUCUUUAACGAGCUUCAAAAAUAAUUUGAAGAAUACAUCGAAAAGGAUCCUUUAGCUGUCAUUGUUUCUUUAAAAUCUUCAAUUAUUUUUAACCAAUUCAAAAAAGAUCUAAUGACUAAAUCUGUCUAAAAUUAUGUUAAUACUCGCUAAAACGAUUCAGAUGGCUAAAUCUGCAAAGCUAUGAUAUGUUCUUCAGAAUACAAAGAAGUUAGAAAAAUUUGGACUAGUUAGUUUUUAAAGAAUAAACAACUUGAAUCUUAAUUCGUUCAUAAGUUUUUAGAAAUGUUCUUUGCCUAAGACUAAUAUGACAACUAAGAAAAACUGUUUUUAUUUAUUUAUGUGCUUUAAUGUUCUAAAAUCUUCCCUGCUAAGAUGCUUAUUAAUUGCAUAAAGGAUAAUACAAGAUUUGUGCAAGAUAUUGUUAAAUUUGACUCAAUUUUCCGUAAGCUAAUUUUUGAAAUUCUCAAGAACUUGAAGCAACAACCUGAUUCUAUUCGUUUGAUUAACAUCUAUCAAAUAUUAUUGAGAUUGGAAAGUUUGGGUUAUCGCUCGGAGUCUUUCUAUAAAUUUAUGGCAUAGGUUUUGGACAUAUGCUACAGUUCAAACAAAAAGAACGAGUUGAACUCCUAUAUUGGUUUUAUUUAUCAAAUUAGAUUACUUGAUAGUAACAAUUUAAAGGUUGAAUAUGCUAAAAGUUUGUUCGAAAACCAAUAUAUUGUCGACAUCAACCAAAAAGGAAAGCUUUUGAGUUUAAUAGCAAAGCACGACACUCAAUACUACAGCAAUAACAGAGAAUAAUAUGAUAUCUACUUUAAAAAUCUACUUGCAUCAAUGAAUUCAAACUAACCAGCCUAAAUUUUAAAUAGCAUAGCUGCUAUUUUAAGAAUGCCCGCACACUACUUAAAAUAAGAUCAUUAUUUCAUUGUAAAAUCGUUGAAGGAAAACAUAAGCAGUGCCAACGAUUCAGUAUACACUAAUUUAUUUACAUCAAUACCUUUUACAGGAGGUUUGUACACACCAAUUAUCUAAGAACUCAUUGCAUAUUUCCCAUAAAUUUGCAAGCGUAUGAUAUUCCCUGAUAUUAGAAGAAUAUUACAAAAAGUUGCAGAAUUAAAUAUGAAAGACCAACAAUUGUUAACAUUGAUCCUACAAGAAAUAGGAGGAAAUUUCUUCACUAUGUCUUGUGAAGACAGAAUUUUCUGUGUAAUUUCUUUCUGUAAUUUAAGAAUAAGAUAAGAUGACUUCAUAGAUAAAACACUCAGAUUAAUUAUUGAUAAUAUGGCUUCUUACAGGAGCUAUUAUUUGAUGUUAACUGAGUCUUUAUACAGAAUUGGUUUCCACAGCGAUACCUUAAAUGAAUUUUUGAAAAAAGCUCUUAAGUUCUGGAGAUUCAGCAGCUCAGAAUAUAUAUCUACCUUGAUGCUUUUAUCUAUUUCUAAAGAUAGAUAAGGCGAACUUCUUAAUGAUAUUUCAGUUAAGUUAUCCAAUCCAAGCAAUUACCUUGAUUCGAUGGCUAUAAAUUUCAACAAUUAAUAUUUUAUUUUAAGCUCACUCUACUACUCAAUGUACCAUUAAUCUCACCCAGAAAUUUUGAAAUUUAUUUCUAAGUGCUACGGUGAUUAAAAAUUGGCAAGUCCUACAAAAUUCAUUUUUUACCAUAACAAAUAUCCAACAAUAUAAAAAUACCUUUAAGCAAUGGGAAUAGAUUAUAUUACUUUAGCUUAAAUUGAUAAAUAUGAAGUACCAUUAUUUAUUCCAGCAACAAAAUAAAUAGUCAAAGUGAAUGCUUUAACAAACUUAAAUUUUGAUAGAAAAACUUUGGAUGGUAAAAGUUAAACCGAAUAGCUUAUUUUAGAGGGUAUACCAGAUGUUGAAAUUGUUGAAAUUAGCAUCCUUGAAUUUUUGAGUUUAGGAAAUGAUUAUCUAUAAAAAAUAAAUUACCUAAUUAAAUAAGGUAUAAAGAGCAAUAAUAUUGGUGUUUAUGAUUUCUCCAAAUUAUAAUCAAAUACAAAUGAAGAAUAAGAAGAAAUAAGCUAAAAUGAAUAAAGUGAAGUAGAAAUUAAUAUUGCUAUGGAGGAAGAUAUAUUAAGCACAGCUGAUUUAGAAGAAUCAAAAAAUUGA